AUGCUAUUGGUCCUCCCAGCAUUUGUUUGUGAGUGUCAACAAGGAGGUAUUGGCACUCCUUGUGUUAGUGAGCAAGGAGCCAUUCGCAUCGCAAGGGAGGGUCAAUCAGGAGCUGUUGGCACUCCUGUACAGUGUCAAUGUGGAGCUGUUGGAUCUCCCAGGCAGUGUCCACAAGGCGCUGUUGGCACUGCCAGGGAGUGUCAAUCACUAGCUAUCCGUACUCCCGAGAGUGUAAUACUCCCGGGAAAGGCAAUAGCUCCUUUACACUCCCAAGGAGUGGCAACGGCUCAUUGUUGA